CCAAUCAGCGCAUAGUAGUUUGAGGUCCUUCGACAGUAAUAGCGGAAGCAACAAAGCUAAGUGGAAAUCACGCCCCUCCCAAAGAGCCCACUGAAAUGUUCCGCUACAGGGACUGCGUGGAUGUGAUGCUGAGGCACCUUUCAGACUUUGGAAAACAGCUCAGAUUAGGGGAUGCUGCUUUAAGAAUAGAGGUCAACCACAGCGCUGUGAAUCUGACAUCAUCUUCAGAGGCUCAUGUUCACGGCUGUUUGCAAGAGCAUAUUGCUAAAUUACAGGCUGUUUCAGAAAGCCUGAGGACACUAAUGGAGUCUGAGGGUGUUACAUCUACGGAGGAAAGCAUGACAGAUAAAUCUGUCACGUCACCCUCACCCCAGGAGCAGACAGCUGCCUUGCCAGAGCUCCAUCGGCCUGGCUCAGAGGCUGUAGAAAACAAGACUCCGACUGAUGACGUCAUGGUCCAGAUCCGAGCCGGAAAGUCAGAGAUUGAGCGAAGAAUAUCUGCAUUUAUGGAACGCAAGCAGAUGGAGAUCAAUGAAAACAAUGUGCGCGAGUUUUGCAACGUGAUCGACUGCAAUCAGGAAAAUAGCUGCGCGAGGACAGAUGCAGUCUUUACACCUUACCCAGGAUUUAAAAGCCAUGUAAAAGUCACACGAGUAGUAAACACCUAUGGGCCCCAGACUCGUAGCACCGGGAGCCAAGGAGAGGCCUGGGAGCCUCAGAAGGGGCCAGCAGCCAGAGACUGUGGCAAUGCAGCCACAGAGGAGCGGCUUCAAAACAUCGAGGCUCAUCUCAAACUGCCAUCAGUGGGGCCAGUUCCUUUGAAUGUUUUCCAGAGGCUCAAGAAGCUGGAGGAUCGCAUCCUAGAGUUAGAAGGACUUUCACCUGAGUACUUUCAGUCCAAUAGUCAUCUCCACAAGCGGGCUAAGACGACCACUGCUCAGGUUUGCACUUUGUCAGACCUGGAUGAGAAGAUUAGUGCUGUGAAAGCAGCGCUCCUCAAGAGGGUUUCAGAAUUUGGGCCAGUAUACGGGACCGAUUGUCCGCUCUGAUUCACAAUAAAACCAGUCAAGCAUUCAA